GGAGGAGGAGGAGGAGGAGGAGGAGGAGGAGGGGGCGGCGGCGGCGGAGGAGCGAAUGCUGCCGACCAGAACGGUGGAUCUCAGCCGGCGGAGGGCUACGGUGGCAGUGGGGCAGCACCCACGGGAACGGGGUGACAAUCGAACGCGCAACCGUCGACGGAAACGCGCAUCGAGGAUGGGAAGCUGUGGUACGAGCGGCGCUGGUUCCACCGCGGCCAGCCGGUGCACGUCGAGGGCCGGGACAUACCGCGCUUUCCGGCCAACAUCUCCGCGAUCGGGACCGAGGCGAUCUGCGUGAAGAAAACGUCCGACGGGCAGAAGGUGCGCAUCUUUCUGUCGCAUCUGCGCCGCGGCAAGGUGUCGAUCAAGCGGCGGGCCAACUAAACUAUGCGGACAAUGGGGGGGAGGGAGGGAAAGAAGGGCUUUUUCGGUAGAGAGGCAUGUUGGGCGUUUUUGCCGCCCGACGAGAACGAGAAGCGUUGUUUUGUGGUUUCCGAGCGCCACUGGACAAAUUUGUUUGGUUAGAGAUUUAUAAUAAUUGCGUGCGUUUUUUUGUAUAAGGAGAUAUGUGCGCUAUUUGUGAGAUAGGAAAAGGGCAGGGGCUGGGUGAAAUAGCCAAAAACCGUACGACACUUACCCACGGGCCAAAGUCGAUCUCGGAUUACAGUUGAGCAAUACACACACGCGCGCACACUAACAAAACCGCGGACUGCUACGAGCUAACACGAUAAAACUAAGAAUUCGAGCUCGCGCUCGCUCACUCUUACCCCACGAAAUACACACACGCACGCAAACACACACCAAGAGAGAAGUGUCGCCUGACUUCCUGACUGAAAAGAUGUAAAAGUGCUUGAAGCCAACGGCCGGAAGUGUAUAGAACCAGCGCGCGGAAUUCGCAAGAAAUUUCACAUCCUUUGUUGUGCUCUAACGGUCUGUCGCACUACCACCAACACCAUCGACACCACCACCAGCACCUCUAGCUCCACCCCCUUCGCAAAUGAGAUCGCACCAGCGACUAGUGAUGGGCAAAACGGCUCCGACCGGCUCCAGACAAUUUCGGAGCCGGCUCCGGAGCCGGCUCCGCUCCAACGGCUCCGGAGCCGGCUCCGCUCCGACGGCUCCGGAGCCGGCUCCGCACCAACGGCUCCGAAGCCGGUUUUAACACAAAGGACCAAAAUAACUUUUUCAAUGAAGUUUCAAUCGAGAAACUCCGUAAACAGCGGAGUAGGUCAUGUUUCAAAGAAUUUACAGGGUUUACCUAGCCAAUCCGGCAUCGUCAAAGCGUUAUCGGUCGUCGUAAAUACUUUUUCGGGCGACGUAAACCCUCAAUUGGGCACUGUCAUCUCUAUUCGAGCCUUGUGAAGUAUGAAUCGGGCAUAGUACAGAAUGAAAGCGUCCUACUCUUGAAGGUGUCAUAUCGGUCGCUCCGGUGUCCGCAUUGAUCCAUCAAGUUGUUUAAAAAUACGUAUUUUGCAUGUUGUUUAACUUAUUAUGUAUUAUUUUAAAAUGUUUACCUAAUUAAAUCAUCAAACAUAUUAUAUUAUUAAAAAAAUAUAAAACUAAAUUGCAUUGUAAGGGUUUAAAUUAAAAAUUUUAAAAAAGGAAUUUGAAUAUUUUUUGAUGUAAUUAAACUUAAAAAUAGUGAUUUUUCUUACAUAUCAGUUCAACUACUAGCAAAAAAGUAUUGUUUUACAGCUAGAAAGCAACAAAAUAUAAAGUAGGCCCAAUUCGUUCUGUACUUUGCCCGAUUCAUACUUCACAAGGCCCGAAUAGAAAUGACAGUGCUCAAUUGAGGGUUUACGUCGCCCGAAAAAGUAUUUACGACGACCGAUAACGCUUUGAAAAUGCCGGAUUGGCUAGGUAAACCCUGUAUCAAAGAAGAUAUAUUCGUUUGUUUUAUUACGCUAUCAUACAAUGAUGUCUCUAUUGAACCGUUAGUUCGGAGCCGUUGAUCUGGAGCCGUUGAUUCGUCGCCGGCCCCGGAACGGUGGGCCUGUAGCUGGCUCCGCAGCCGUUGGAGCGGAGCCGUGAGUGCAGAGCCGUUAUUCCGGAGCCGACUACGGAGCCGUUGGUGUGAAGCCGGCUCCGGAGCCGUCGGAGCAGAGCCGGCUCCGGAGCCAUGGGUGCGGAGCCGGCUCCGGAGCCGUCGGAGCGGAGCCGGCUCCGGGAAAAAGUCGGAGCCGGCUCCGGAGCCGUUAGUCCGGAGCCGGCUCCGGAGCCGUUAGUCCGGAGCCGGCUCCGGACCCGUUGGUGCGCUCCGAAACGCCCAUCACUACCAGCGACUGUUGCCGGGAGCCGUUGGAGACGACGAAGGAGUUGAGCUUCCAUUUCUGCACAGCUUCUCGAGGCGAGCGGACGUGUUUCUCCAAGCCCGUACGUGCUUUCAAGAACAAGUUCGCCAGUGUCAAGAACAAGUUGGUGUUGGUGCGAUUGAAAAAAAAUUCUUUUGAUAGCGUCGCACAUCUCUGUGUCCAAUUAUGGAUCUAGGCAACAAAGGUAGGCAAAAAAGUGCACAAUUUGGAAGAGUUUUCCCGCAAUGAUUUCCCUGCCCGGGUGGUGCGCGGUCCACUUUCCCGUCCAUUUUCUAACCACACAAAUUCACACAGACGCCACCGGCUCGGAUUCGUCGAACGAUGAUUUGGCGUCGCCGAGCUUUUUUGAUUUGUCAUCGCCGAUCUCGUCAAUCUCGCCGAUGGAAACGGAGGACGGGCCGGCGGCUUCGGCCUCACCCAUUCCGCCGAUGUCGGCGUCCCCGGAGCAGCAGCCGAUGGAUUUGGCGGUGGGCGGCGGGCAACCGGCGCGUCCACCGACGCGCCGACCGACGCGCAGAACGGCGAUGACGACCGGGGCAGGGCCGGUGGACGCAUCAGCGUCCUUUACGCGCCCGGUAGUGCUGCAGGACGAAGUGAGGUUGCGUUUGAUAGAGCGUCACUACAGUGCGGUCAACUCGCGGCCCGACACGAUUUUGGUGAUCGUACACCCCCCGCCGAUGGGUGCCGCGGGCCGCAGCGCGACACCGGCGCCCCCGCCAAUGGGUGCCGCGGGCCGCAGCGCAACAUCGUCGCGGCAGGCGGGGGAUGGUUCGGGCGCGAUCCGGCAUCGUCGGCACAGUACGGUCGGCACAUCGACGGCGGCAGGCGGGCAGCUGCGGCGAUCCAGGCGCACGGGGCGCGAGACGGUGAUGCCCCAGCUGGACGACAUGGCGGCGGUGGAGUGGGAAGACACGCGCAGCGGUUUGUUCUCGCCGCGCCCGGUACGCUCGACGCCACUGCCGGCCGCUGCCGACCAGCAGGCAGAGGCGGCUAGCGACGACGAAAUCAUUGCGCGCAAGCAGCGCCAAGCGGACUCGGAGAAGGAGAACAAGCGCGAGUGAGCGCUUGUGUUCCGGAGGACGUUUUUUUUACUUAAUGCGUUGAUGAACUGUUUUCUUGCAUAGAAAUGAACUACAAAAAAAUCGUUAAUUUGAAUUCACGCCUCAAUCGACACACAACCAUUGUAAGAUGCGAAGCGAGCCCGUUUGUGAGACACCCGAUGUGCCAUGACGAACAAUGUGAAUUACCAAUAAAGAUGAGUUCAACUACAAAGGUGUGUCGCUUGUGGGGCACCUGAAAAGCAA